GCACUAAUUAGUGAUAAUGCGCCUAACUGGACGAUCUAUAAUACAACUAUAGUAGAGUUGUACUAGUUUAGGUAUUAGUUUUAGAAAAUUACAAAAUGUAAAUAGGUACUGAAUAAUUAACAAUACUAGCCCCGCGUUAUAGAAGACGUCGUAAUUUAAACUUCUGUUGAAUGGUCCAUUAAAACCGUUUCGUUUCCAAUGGCAAACGAUACGGAAAUUCUUCACUAUUUAUGGAAUGGGAAGUUACCUGUAUGUUUUCAAUUGGAUGAACAAGAAAUUCAUGGUAUACAGAAUCCAGAGCCGUUUUACUUGAUGGUACCCAGAAUGAGUUACUUUCCGUUGGUCUGUGACAAAGUAAAAAAACAUUUUGUGAAGCAUGUGGAUCCUGAAAAACAAGAAAUGGAAAUGUGGUUAGAAUUUAAAAAUAUUCCAUUAAAAUGGAAUAAUCCUAUUGGUGUUCUUUAUGAUCUCUUUACAAUUGAUGAUAAACAAGUUGAUUUACCCUGGCAAAUAACUGUUCACUUUGAUAAUUUUCCUGAAGAUCAAAUACUGCGAUGCUCAUGCCGUGAAUCUGUAGAAUCUAAUUUUAUGUCAGCAAUGAAAGAAGCUGAUAUGCUAAAACACAGAAGUCAAGUAUUUUCAACUAUGCAGCGACAUCAACACAAUCAAUUAUGGACUGGACUACUUAAUGAUAAAUUUGAUCAGUUUUGGUCAGAGAAUAAAAAACUAAUGGAACCAUCUGAUGGCAGUUAUUUUAAACAUAUACCUGUACAUUUUUAUCGAUCAGGAUCAUCAGUUAUGACACAAACACUAGUUAAGCCAGUUUCAGAAGAUGGAAACCAUAUGACUUUGGGAGAACUGAUAAAACUUAAUUAUCCAUCAGUAGAUAACCCUAAAAUUUUUACUCAUGGCAUAUGCAUACCUCAUGAAACGCCAGUUCAAUGGAUGAGUGAACACAUGAGUUACCUGGAUAAUUUUUUACAUUUAGUCAUUAUUUAAUAAAUAAAUAUAUAUAUAACAAUUAAUAUAUAAAAUAUGUAAUAUAUUAAUAUACAUAUUAAUGUGUUAAAAAAAAAACUUGUGAAAUAAUAUUGAUAAUUCUAUAAUUUCUAAUAAGAUCACCAAUUUUUUUACAUACUUAAAA